ACCGCACAAUGAAGCAAUUUACAUACAAUAACACGGCCAGCUGAUCGGGGUGAUUGACUGUUGCCCAAUUUCCUUGGAAAGAAUUGCAACACUCGCGCGAGAGUUAGCACCAUUCAUUGGAACCAAAGGCUGUUCUUAGUUUCACUGUGUGCAUUGCAAUACACCGACUGACCAACAGGCUAGAAUGAAGGUGCUAGCUGUACUUGCAGUCAUCGGCACAUUUUGUGCCGUACCCGGUGCUUGUUUAAGCUAUGAAUUAGGCAAGGUGUACAGCUACAACUAUGUGACUGAAGUACACAUCAACGAAGCUGUGCCCACAGGCAGUGAUGUUGGCUUCAAACUGUCAUCAGCUGUUGAUCUUGCCAUUGUCUGGCAGAGUGGGUCUGAGCAAGUGGCCAAAUUAAGCCUGAGAGAUGUAAGCCUUGCCCAUAUUGCUGACAGGGAUGAUACAGAAAACACCUUCAAAUCCCCUCCCACAACACUGAUGGUUGCGUCCUCCCAGCCUGUGUACUUUGUCUGGAACGCAGGGAAGGUCACACAGAUUUAUGUCAGCGACAGCGAAUCAGAGGGCUCGGCUGAUGUCAAGAAAGGCCUGAUUGGCUUGUUUCAAAUGCAGGAUGUUGAAGGGGAAGUGACAGAGGUGGAUGCAUCUGGAGACUGUGCAGUCUCUUACACCAAAGUUGACACCAAAAUAUUGAAGCUCAAAGAUCUUGGCUCCUGUCAAACUGUCCAAUCAGGCGGCUUCUCACAUCCUAAAAGUGGCUUCGGUAUUGAUGUCCAAUCAGAAGCCUCGAUAACCUGUAACCUCUCAACGGAUAAGAAUAUCAUCCAAUCAGCUGUGAGCUUUGAAAAGUGGAAGACAUUUGUGAAUAUCCGAACUGAGCUGUCCACAUCGGUGACUGCAAGUCAGAGCCUUGCUCUGCAAAACAGUGAUAGUGUUGCAGAGACUCUCCAAGGUACAACAGCAGAGGGCGCCAUCACAGGCUUAGGGAAGCUCCGCAGGACAUCGUGGGCCAGUGAUGAAAUGGGACAACAGUGUGGAGACGGUUGUAGACCGCUGUCUGAGGUGGUAGCUGAAGCAAAGGAUGGACUGACAGAAGACGCGGUAGCCAAGACCAAGUCAGCUAUGGCUUACCUGGAUGUCCUUCAAGCUUUCCGCAACUCGGGGAAAGACGCCAUUAUUGACACGCUCAAAGAUUUAGACAAUAUCCCUAUAAUAGCCCAGCUAUUUGACGUGCUUGCAGCCACGCAGACACCCCCUGCCUGGGAAGCUACUCAGGAGGUGAUAGACUUCACGGAUGCAGAUGCCGCUGAGAUGCUGGAGAGGUUCCUGCUGACCAUGGCUUACAACAACCACCCAACACAGGACCAGAUCUCAUGGCUGCUGGGUUUGCUUAAAGAAGACAAAGUUGGCAGUAAAGAUGUCCGAGCAAUGAUGGCACUUACUAUGGCUAAACUGGUCAACUCAUACUGCUAUCUGGGAGAUGAGCAGUGCAACUCCCAGGUGGUAAGCGAUGCAAUGGAAUGGCUGCUGGCUGGAGUGAACUCAGAAGAUCGCUUCCAAAAAAUCUUGUGUCUGAAUGCCUUAAAGAAUGCCGUCCAGCCAAGCAGUAUUGAUACAAUCUUGUCUGUGGCCGAGAAUGAAGCUGACAUGGACGUGGUUGAAGUAGCGCUGGAUGCACUGCUGAAAUUUGAAGCAAAGUAUUUCACGCCGAAGGUCAACAACGUUCUAAACACCAUCUUCCAUGAGGGCAGCAAACAGUUCUCCACUGUCACACGCACGCUGGCAGCUGACCUGUUGCUAAGCAACCAGCCAUCUGAGGCAGAUGUUGUCAACAUUGUCUUGUCAUUGCGAGAGAGCCCACAGGGAGAAACGGCCCGGUUUGUUCUGGAGAAAGUUCUCCAUGUUGCCAAGGGCACAUCAGAGGCAAGUGACACGGUUCGAUCAGCACUGGAUGAUAUGCAGGUCCAGAAUUACUACACCACGGCUCUCCCUGGCCAGUCAGUUGCCUUCAACAGUCUCUUUUUCGAUACUGAUGAUGUCUCCAUCAACUAUGGGUUGGAUAUUCAGAUGACGUCCAGCGGCCUUCUCAGAAAGAGUGAUUUCCACGUUGGUCUUGAUGUCAAGAAUGAAACGUUACUGUUACUCAAUGUUGGUAUCUUCUCCCGAGGCUUGGAAUAUUUCUUUGGUGAGGAGACCGGGGAUACUGGUGAGGCAACGGCCGGACUGAACAUUGAGUGCAUGGAUAUGAAGCUACGUAUGCUGGUGUUCUUCACUGGCACCGGUGAACUCAUGAGCAUGGCAUGGAACAUGGGCUCCUCUGAUAGUCCUAUGCCUCAUAUGAGAGUUAUUGGCUUGGUUCAAGAUCAUUCUCAGAAACUGAGAUUACAGUCAGGUUUUGAUGUUGACUUGAACAUCCAGGGAAGUUUAUCUCUGGAUCUUGGAGGCAGUUUAGACUUUAGUUUGUGGGAUCGCUCCUCUAACACAAUCGUCUCUACAGGUGGAUCAAUGGGUCUUAAAGGCUCUACCCGUAUCAAUACUCCAUUCAUCACAACAGGCAUUGACUACACAGGCAAAGGAGCAACUAGGGUCAACUUUAUCACCUCUGUGCAGUUUUCCUCGUUACCUCCGCUGUCUUGUCUACAACUUAUGAACGAACCUCUUAUUUAUAUAAAUGAAGUCACAAAGUAUGAGCAGUUAGCUAGGUCUGAGACCAAGUAUGAAUCCUACCUACGGAGAAGGUUCAAAGUAUUGGCAUCCUUCAAACUCUUCAGCAGGAACUCAGAGCCGUGCCACGAGAUGUUUGGCAAAGAAGAAGAAGAAGAAGAAGGAUGGUGGUAGACUUUAUUUUAUAAAAAGCACACUCUUUUACAUAAUUGCCUGUUGAGCUUUUGUUUGUUCAUGGAUAGGUUUUCUGCCAGUAUUCUGGAGUGAUUUAAGAUUUUAAUAUAGUAGAUCAUUAUUAUUUGUGUCUAGGGAACACAAAUAUUCUACAUUAUCUUCAAGUAAACUUUAAUCCUCGAUCUUGAUUGGUCGAUCCAUGGCAACAAGCUGUGCUACAUAUAACCGGUGUAGCACAGCCACGGUCUAUACGGCACUCCACGUCUUGAGCUAUUCCAAGAUCGUGCGCCAUUCCAUACAAACACGCAAGUGUGAUAGGAUAUCCACUGAAAGUUUGUGUACAGUGUGCGUGUUCAACCUUCUUAGUGCAUCAAGUUUGCUUGAAGAUAAAUUUAUCAUGCUCGCGCUCGUCGAACACAGAUAAUGUAUUGCGUCUGUGUCCCACAUACCACUCGGCUUACGGCUCCGGGGUGUGUUGACUCAGACGCACUACAUUAUUCCGUGUUCCACUCGCGUUCGUGGGAUGACUACUAGAACCAUCAUUUUUACACACAACUCGACUUCAGAUUCACACACUCUGUGUACAUCUUCAUUAUGUUGGACGUUGAAUCUGAUAGUGCACAGCAAACAUACAGUACCCGAUUGAAAGCGUUGUUCAAUUUAAUGAGUGAAAGCAAAAGAAAUAGGGCAAAGGGGCUGCACACCAAUCAACGAUGAGGCCACUUUUCAUAUUGCGCAUGUAAAAAGUGCGUUCGGUAUCAGCCAUGUCGCCACAGGUUAGGUCACUUCAAGGCUGUUUCGACUGUUAAAUUAACAAACAUAAAAACAUGAAUAUGAAUUAAACAUAAAACAGGCCCCUUAAUGUCUUUUUCCUGCUUAUUCGCCUAUAAAAGUUUUUGUAGAACAAAAUGGGUAUUUUAAGGGCUGCCUUAAAAUAAAAUAUAAAUAUUUGGCAUAGACCCCCAUUGGGAAUCUUAGCGGCCCCAAACCCUCGGCCUUGUAAAUUUCUUCCAAUCUGACUGGUCCUAUCAUGGUGCCAUUUCUGCACAAAUUCCUAGAUCAGGAAUUCAAUCCAAAAACAAGCAAGCAAUCACUGGUUUGUAUCGAUUUUACACAUAGACAAGACAGUGAUGUGCCUGCCUUCUUGAGAGAGCUUGAAAUUUAGUGUCAAUAAUUGAAAGCCAAAUCGUGCCUUGAACAUAAUUUAAUUCUUAUGAAUUUUAUCAAAACAAGAAAGCAUUUUUCUUUAAUUUCCUUAUAAUUGUGCAGUUUUUCUACAAUUUUAUAGCUCUUUUUCUCUAAAGUUACCAUCAUUUUAAAAAUUAAAAUAUAGAAGUACGUAUAUUUUGAUAAUGUUGUUUUGAUACUCUUAAAUUUUGAUAUAAAAAGUAUUUUUUGAUUGUUUCUAUUCUUUGUGAACUAAAUUCUGGCCAUUUAAUGUGUUGUUAUUGGACUUGGUGAUUGUUUGAUUUAUUACAAACCUCACAAAAUUCAACUUGUUAAUGUUAAAUAACUUUAUUAUUAAUAAUUUCAAUAAUUAAAUUAGUUCUUAACCAACGGCAAAAACCACAACAUAUAAUAAUGAAACCUUAUUGAUUAUCCCUAAAUUUAUUGGUUGAAGGAUGGUUAAUGGAUUUCUUUAACAUUUUUCUUGAAAACUUCAAUUUUUUAUGGAAGUUUUUGAGAAAAGUACAUGCAAACAAUGCAAAUCUUGUAGUUUAAGGACUGAAGUCGUAGUUAGCUUAGUGUACUUUACAAAUGUGUCUAUAGGCCCUCGUUUUGGACAGCAGAACAAUAAAUCAUGUGUGCCAUUGGUUGUGAUUUGUAUCGAAUUGUUUACUGUGGCAAAUAAGGUUAUUUGAGAAUUAUGUUUUGUACAAGGAAAUCAGCGCUUUCAAGUUGGAAUAAUUUGACAUACAGUCUGUAUAUAAAAUUAAAAUUGAGCGCAGAUCACCUCUA